UUUCACUCUACGUGCAGAUACGACUUUGCUUGCCGUGAGUCGUGAAAUGAGUUGAGCGGCGAUGCAACCAUGAGGUGGACGGUCGUCCAACAAUGACACCUCGAAGUCAUGGAUCUCGAAAGGGACGUUUAAAAGGAUCAGUGCCGCUGCCGGAUAUAUCACAAUAGAGAUAACGAACAUCAUUCCUUCAUCGCUAACUCCUCAUCAAAAACUCCCCACUGGUACCCUUGUUCCUCAUCUCCAACCUAGCGACCCAGCCCACCAUGAAGUUCUCCCUCCUCGCAACGGCCGCCUCCCUCGCCGGCCUGGGCUUAGCAACCCCAACACCUACCAUCGAGAAGCGCGCGAGCACCUACUGCGGCCAAUGGGACUCGGCCACAACAGGUGCCUACAUCGUCUACAACAACCUAUGGGGCGAGGCGGCCGCGACGUCUGGCAGUCAAUGCACAACGUUGACGGGCCUGUCGGGAAGCAGCCUGGUCUGGAGCACGUCAUGGACAUGGGCCGGCGGACCGUACAACGUCAAGUCGUACGCUAAUGUCGUAACGUCUAUUGCGUCCAAGCAGCUAUCGGCUAUAUCCAAACUACCCUCGACUUGGAAGUGGAGCUACACAGGUACUUCUAUAAUCGCCAACGUAGCCUACGACCUCUUCACUUCAUCUAGCGCUAGCGGCAAUGCCGAAUACGAGAUCAUGAUCUGGCUUGCGGCCCUGGGCGGUGCAGGCCCCAUCUCGUCCAGCGGCAGCGCCAUCGCGACCGUCACCAUCGAAGGCGUGAGCUGGAGCCUUUACAAGGGCGUUAACGGUCAGAUGACGGUGUUUUCCUUCGUUGCGUCGAGCCAGCAGACUAGCUUCAGCGGCGACAUCAACAGCUUCGUCAAGUACCUCACUGGCAACCAGGGUAUGCCCACAAGCCAGUACCUACUGAGUGCCGGAGCGGGAACCGAGCCGUUCACUGGGUCGAAUGCAGUGUUGAAGACUAGCGCGUACUCUUUUUCACUCAGUUAGAUGACGAGCGCUUCCAUAUACCAGCCAGUGUUUCCGGUUGGCUUGCGAGUGGGGAUCAGAUUUUGGAUCUUCU